GCAACUCCAGCAGCCAGUGAGCGGAAGAUUUGUAAUCUGUCACAGAGCUGCGGAGCCGCUGGUCUCCUCAGAGGAGCCACCGACAGAGAAAAAGAGAGAGAGAGUGAGAAAGAGAGAGUCAGGGAGGCGACAUGCAGGAAGGUCCCGGGCUGACUCUCCUCUCCACUCCACCAUGCACGCCCGGUGUCAGCGCCGCCUUUUAAACGCCAACACCGUCUGAACUUACCUUAGCCCACCGGCAGGACAAUUUAGUUUGUGUUUGUUUUUUUUUAAACUCAAUUUUAGACGCCAACACGGCUCCUGAAGGACGAAUGACUCCACCGGCUCCCCUUCUGGUUUCAUUCUGCUAAAAGCUCUUGUGCGGGAGGCGACCCCAGUUUCUCCAUGGCGUCCCCGCAACAGUCAAGGAUUCAGUCUUAUCUGGAGAGGAAUAAGAUCGGACCUCUGUUCGAGGAGUUGAUGACCAAACUGAUUACCGAGACUCCAGACCAUCCAAUCCCGUUUCUUAUUGCCCACCUGCAGACCAAGCAAGACAGCCCAGGCAAGCUGCACAGAGCUUUCUCUGGAUCAGCUGCUCUGUGGGCGCAGAGCUCCCCAGAAAACAAAAUCACUCGGAGAGAAUACAGCAACUUCGAGAAGCCAUGGCAGAUUACUCCGAAGAAGCCUAAAAAAUCAAAGAGCGACCUGGCGGUAUCAAGCAUCUCCCCGCCUUCACCAGAAUCCAAGUCCUUGCCACGAUCAGUCGAGUACCCGUCCUGGGACUGGAGGGAGAGCCGUGACUUUGAUGAGCUCAGCCACAUCCUGCAGGAGAGCAAAAAGCUCGGCAAAGCCCUGGAGAGCCUGUCACGAAGCAUUGCCAUCUCGGAUGAGCUUGACCAGCACUUUCUGGGCUACAACUCAGUUCUGCGCCCCCGGGUGGUGGGCGAGUGGGUCGGUCGUGCAGAUGACGACGCGGACCCGCUGGCUGCCGAGAUGCUGCAACCUCCUGUCCCUCGGGCUAAAACCGAAGUGUGCUGGAGCGGCGAGAACAGCCCCGCUCGGAGCUUGAAGAUGGAGACAAAAAGCAAAGGGCUAAAGGAGCAGCAGCAGCAUCAUAAGAAGCUCCUGGCAGCCAUGUUGUUCCAGGACUCCUUUGACUCGGUCAACAGUCCUGCUUCCUCCGUCGUAGAAGAAGAGCUCGAGAUCGAGGACGAGGACGAUGCCAUGGAGCUUCUGGAGGACCUGGAUGACCUGCGGAUGGAGGGCGUAACGGGGCUGGUUCCAUCCGGCAGUAAGUUCAGCCAGGGACGCAGCUCUUAUCAGCUCGAACCGCAGGCCAAAGUUACGCUCAACAUCUGCUCCAGGUGUGCCAGGCUGCAGGGAGACACGCUAUCGGACAGCCGAUCUGAAGAGGACCACAGGCCUCACGUAUCUGAGCAGGCUGUGCCUGACAUCUCCGCAGCGCCGUUGCCCGGGGUGGACGCGGUGGCGGGUCGACUUCAGGAAUGCGAGGCCUUAUCUCAAGUGUCAGCCUCUCGUCAGGCUGUCUGGGAGGCUGAUCUGAAGUUUGCGAGAGGUGGGAGUUCUGUCGGGCAGACGGGGCUGCUGCUUGGCGACUCCCUCUUUUCCAAAGAGCUGGAGAACAUGGGCAAGCAGCUCGCUGAGGUUGAGAAAGACCUGGCUAAACUGGCAGAAGUAGGAAAGAUGACUAGUCGGAGCACCAACAAUCCACACGGGAGUCUACUCCACACCCCGCUAAGCCACCGAACCCUCCCGGACACUCUUCCGCUCACCAGCCUCAUCUCCAGGCCUCAGUCUGCAACCAGCGGCUUCUCAGGCAAGCCCUGUGGCAUCGGCCUCCCCUUGCUGAGCCCCAAACCCACCUCGCUGUCCAUGUCCAUGGGCCGCACCCCCAGCAACCCCGGUAGCAGAACUCAAACCCCCAGCAACCCUGGUAGCAGGACUCAAACCCCCAGCAACCCUGGGAGCAGGACUCAAACCCCCAGAACACCCAGCAGGCCCCUGACCCCAAACAGCUUGCUGACGCGCUCCUCCUUUAACCCCGGUGGUCAUAAAGAAGUAACAUUCCGUAGGUCAAGGAGCCGACCCGUGACGCCCACAAGUCAGCCGCCGCUUCCUCGACCGCUGCUCACCCCUCCAGGACUAAGUACCACAGACAGCCUUGGUGCCAGCCUUCGGGCAUAUCUGUCUGAGGAUGAGUUUUACCAGCAGCUCCAGGCCAUCAGACAGCCCUGGCAUAUUCCCAGCGACACAGACAGUGACAUCAUGGAGCCUCCUGAACAGGAUAAGAGUAGUUCAAGGGAUGCCAACAAAAGAUCCGUGUUUUCAGGCCUAUAGCGAUGAAGACCAGAGGGCCUGAUCCAAACAAACAAUUAUGCAAAACACUGGAUAUUUUGAAUAACUGUUCAAAGAUAAUUAUUUUUAUAAAGCGUGUGAAUGAAAAUAGCAAAAAAAGAUUGUAUACUUUUUCACCCCCCGUUUCAUAAACAUUGUACUGUAACUGAAUGAUAAACUGAGAAAAUAUUACUUGAAACUAAGGGAUAUGCUGUUUAUUUUUGUUUGCAUCGAAGCAUGAUACUGAACUUGUGUAUGGAGACCAGAGAGAAGACGCAUACUGUUCCUGAUGGACUCCUUUUCUCGGCCUAGUACAGAUUUACAUCGUCAGGACAGCACACUCAUAUAAUGAACGUGUUUAAUCGACAUGGACUGUUAAAAGAUUUUGUCCUUUUCAGAUAGAAAAUAAGUUGUAGAAGGAAAUACGUGGAAUGCUGUGAAAUAAAUUAAAAAUGUUUUAGUGCA